AUCUUUGAUCUUGAAAAUGAAGACUUCACACAGUUUCUGCUGUUUAUAUAUUCCUUUACUCAGAGAAGGUACAAUAAAAUCAACUCACGUUUGUGUAAUUUGUUCAAAUCAAGGAGUGCCCACAAGGUGUUCGACACAAUUCCUCAACGAACUUGCACGUGGAUCUCACGUGGUUAAAGCUUCAACAUCUUCGUCACGUGGAUCACACGUUAUAAAAGCUUCGUCUUGUUGUUUCUUCUUUAUCUUCUCCCGCUUCGCAAAAAACCCUAGAGAGAGAGAGACCAAGAGAACGCAAGAAAGCUUGAGAGAAUCAAAGCAUGGAGCUUUCUCCUUCUCGAAGCCUAGGAGACGAUGGGUAUAAAGAAAGACACGAACUUGCACAACGUUACCAUGAUCAUGGAGAUUACAUCAAGGCCUUGGAGGUAAUUGAAGAUUCGAUUUUGAUGAUCCGUGAGAAACACAAGAUUCCAUCAGAUCUACAUUUCCUACAAGGUUCUAUCUUUUUGGAACUAUCGAAGAAAGCAGAGAACAGUGACUUGAGAUUUGUGUUCUUGUUGGGUUCUGUUGAAUGCUUUUUGGAAGAUUACAAGGCACAAGCCUUCGCUGCAAUUUCUCUUUUCCAUUUGGGUGAACUUCUUGGCUCAGCUUUGUAUUACGGGAAAUCAGUGAGGGUUGCAAAACAGAGUUUAUCUCUCAUGGAUUUUAAUCCAUUGGACUCUGUUCAGCAAAAUAAUAAACGUGAACUUGGAGGUCUAAUGGAAAAGGCAGAGUCAAGAAUCCGCCAUGGUUUUACUGCAAAAAGAUCUGAGACAAAACUUAAGGAGUCAAAGAAAAUAAGAAUCAAGAUGAGGAGUGAUUCGCAUACCGUUGCUAUGAAAAGAUUGAGGCCGUAUUGGGAGGGUAUGAAUGCUGAGAGUAAAAGGAACUUCUUGAAAGUAAGCACUGCAGAGCUUAGAAGUUAUGUCGAGAGAUUAUAUGGCAGAGAAGGAGUGGAUGCUUUAGAGGAAGUUUUUGACUCCACAAGGUUAAACAGAAAAUGGAAAUUCUGGAUGUGUGGAGCUUGUUCACAGAAGUUCUUUUAUCCUAAAAAGUUUAAGAAUCAUCUUGAACAAGUUCAUGCUACAAAAUAUAAACCUUUGAAAGAGGAUUUGGUUCAGAGGGUAGAUGAAGUCUGGACUGGUAUGAUAUCGGUUGGAGACUGGGAACCUCUAGAUAUAGUAGCUGCCGCUGAAAUGAUCAAGAACCGGCCUGAAGUGGUGAAAGAGUUUGUAUAUGUGGGUGGAUGGUCUAAAGACUGGCCUUUGGCUGCAGAUGAAAAGCGUAGGAAGUUACUAAAGGCAAUCCAAUUGCUCCUUGUUUCGUUUUUGGAGCAUAAAAUUCUUUCUUGUAGAAUUCGAGACUGGAUGAUGCAGUUUCCGAUGAAGCAUCUUGCACAAUUUGAAGUUUCUGAGCUCACUUUUGCUACCUUGUGCCGGUUAGUGGAAACACCUCAGUGUAUCUGCUUUUUGGAGUGUCGUCAACUCAGUCAAAUUCUAGACCUUCUCAAAUCCAUCAAGUGUGAAAGGGAUGAUGGUACAGAACUGAUUUCAAAGGUAACAGACAGUUUAUGGAGUCGUACUAGGGUUAAAGAAAAGAUUGAUAUUGACCAUGAAUUUUCAUUUAUGCUUCUGGAUAAAAGAUUGCUGAGGGGAAAGAUUGCUUCAUUUGAUGAUGAAGGGUCAAUAGAUGUUUGUGAUCACAAUGUUUACUAUGCCAAGACACAUCCUCAAGGCGAUGAUAUCAUGACCUGGUUACUUGACUACUCUUUCAUAGAUAAGAGCUUUGAGUUCCCCAGAUCUAUCAGGACACACAAUCUUGAUAUAAGGGUGGCUGUUCUGAGAGCCAUUCAUUUCAUGCGUAGGACUUUGGUAGCCAGAUAUGCAAAGAAGUGGCGGAUCCUAUGUUAUGAUGAAUGUCUUAAAUACGUUAAGAGCGUAUGUAUACAAGAAGAUGAACGGAGACUGAAUGUUCCUGAAGAUCAAAGGAACAAUUAUGCAUCUGUUUUAUUCGAGAAAUGUAAAGAGCAGUUAAGGAUGGAAGUCAAAGAUCAUCAUGUUACAGAAAUAUUAUUCUGUGCAGUACGUGAUGUUCUCGAAGGUGCAUCACAACCGACAUUGUAUUUCACUAAUGCAUUAGAUUGGCUGACACUUAUAUAUGGUCAUAAAAAUCUCAGUGAUGAUGUUGUGUUAAAGUCCAUAGACCUUCUGAGAUCAGUGGUCACCAAGAAGGUUCUGCUAGCUGAUUCAAAGAUUUUGCUGGUUGAAAAUACAAGGAUAAAUUUGCUAGACGAUUUUGUCAGGCUUUCUGUUUUUGACUACCGCUCUUAUAUCCUUCCCCUGCUGAAACGUUUCUUGCGGGAAAAGUUGGAUGAAAUUGUAGAUAUGGAUGCCAAAGCCAAGUUAGCUGCAGUACAAGCAGAGCUUUUAGCCGAGGAAAAGAAAGAGAAGGCGAAGAAAUUAGGACCAAAGAAGAAGAAACAUAAAAGCAACAAGAAAACUUCAUCGAGCUUGUCUAGUCAUCUUGUUCAGGAUGUUGAACAUGAAUCUGCCAAUAACCUUGAACCGGGAGUUACAUCACUAAAAAUGGCGGAAAAAGAUUCUAUGGAACCAGAAGAAAAGGGUCGACUGGAAAGUUCAUCCAACACUAACAAUCAAGAGGAAGAAGCUAUUAAAGAUUUGCAAAACAUGCCUAAGAAAGAUUCACUGUUAGAUGAUGCAACCAGAUACCGUUCAGCUCUUGACAUGACGCUUAAGGCCCUUUUAAACAUUAAGGUUUUUCAAGAGGAGUUGGUGCACAUUCGGCAGCCAUUUCAUGACAACUUUGAAGAACAAGUUCCUUAUGCACUGCAAAAUUUAUUUUCUGCCUUUGUCUCGGAACAGAUAACAGAAGAGGGACUCUAUAGUUACCUCCUGAGCAACUUACUUGCUUCCCUAGAAGAAGUCCAUUCUAUGUCAAGUGAUGCUGUUGAGGUAGUUGUCUCGAUCCUCGAGUUUUGUCAUUACUGGAAAAGUUCAGAAAGAGAAAGCUUGGUAACUCGCCUUUUUACGCUGGAGGAAUAUGAAAGAAUCAGUUGUAGAAAAUGCAGAAGGAUGCCAAACUAUCCAGAGCAAAGUUCUUAUGGAAUUGUUAUGGCUGCAAAUUCAAUCAGAAACCUAAAGUGUGCUUUUGGGAAUAGAAAGUUUGAGGACAUCCUUAAGGCGACCCGCAUGAAAGAUGGAAUAAUAUGUGAUAUAAAAACGGGAGGCUGUGGAGAGACAAACUUUGUUCACCAUAUUAUAACUAGAUGCCCACCUAUUUUCACAGUUGUGUUGGAAUGGGUGAAGAAUGAAACUGAAAAAGAUAUAUUCGAAACAACAAAGGCGUUGGACUGGGAGAUAGAUAUCAGCAGGCUAUACGAAGGCUUAGAAGAACCAAACAUUAAGUACAGGCUUGUGUCAAUGAUUGGCUGUGUGGAAGGAGAAUACAUUUGCAUGGCUUAUAAAAAGAACCGGUGGGUCAGUCUCAGACAUGAAGCUUCAGCAGAAGAGGUUGUUGGUAACUGGAAGAAUGUUAUCAGAUUCUGUGGAGAAAGAAAGGUUCGGCCAGAGAUUCUGUUUUACGAAGCAUUUCAAUGGCCUAGCAAGUGGCAAAAGUUAAUAUCAGUAUGAAAACCCUACCACAUUCAUGUAAACAGCAGUGACUUCUUCCCAAUUCAAAAGCAGUCGUGUUCUUUGCUCUUAUAUGAAGCUUGUGAAAGAGUAACACAGACAGACAAAGGAGACCAUAGAGUUAGUGUCUUUAAAACCAGCUGGGUCAGCUAUGUCAGUGUGAAACUUUUUGUCGAUCAUUUUUUUAGUGGGCAAAGUCCAUUUAUAGACUUACGGUGUAACAUUUGAUUGUAUAUAA